AUAUAGUAUUACAUCUCAGUAAUAUCUUUCAGUCGCCAAGGCAUAGAUCGAAAGACACAUUCGAAUUGAGCGAACCUGCCAUUAAAGAUUUAACGGUAUCUCCCCAUAUAUUCAUUGCUACUCGAACAAGCGUUCUCAGCCCCACGGCUAUUUUACCUAUGGCAGUACCAUACCCGUAUACGACACCCUUAAGCAAGUCGGCCAAGGAUGCAUUGGGCGUCCAGCACAAGACGUUUCUCAGGUGGAUUAAUAUGAAGUUAAAGACAAACCUCUCCUGCUUGACCAAGGACUUUUCAGACGGCAUGUUUCUUUCCCAAUUGGUAAAUACGUUAGCCCUCCAGGACUUUGAAUUCAAAUCGGCUAAUACCAAAUACGGAUCCUCUGAGCGGCUAUGUCUGGUUAAACUUAUCCACGAGAAACCCAAGCUCAAAUUCCAAGCCUUGGAAAACAUCAAUGCCAUCUUUGAAUACCUCAGGUUUGACGCCAAAAUACAGAUCCGCAGUAUCGGUGCCCAGGAUAUCGUCGAGGGAAACUUAAAAUUAAUCUUAGGGUUGAUCUGGCUCAUAUUUAUACGAUACACCGCCUUCAGGCUUCCACACAUAGAUGACCCGCGGAGCAGUGGUGUAUCAUGCCGCAACUAUUACCAGGACAGUUCAGGCAUUAAGAAAAGUUUGCUUGCUUGGUACAACAAGCUAGUACCUCCCCUUGACAAGGAGCUUUCCGAUUUCUCAAUAAGUUGGAAAGACGGAACGGCUUUCUGCAAUUUGUUUUCCCAUAUGAAGCCAGAUUUGUUGAAUUAUGCUACCAUUAACCACGAUGAGGUUGAACACAAUAUUCGAACCGUUUUUCUGCUAGCUCAGACGCAUAUGGGGAUUCCGAUGUUGCUUGACUUUGAAGAUUUGGAUUGCGAGCGCCCUGACGAAAAAUCUGUGAUGACGUAUGUGUUUGAGUGGUACAGGUAUUAUGCCAGGCAUCAGUAUCUCAAAAAAACUGGAGGGGAUUCGGAUAGCACCGGUACAAGAGUCCUAAUUUCCUGCUCGCCGGACCUUUCAUGUUCCCCUACCUUGUAUGACAUACCCCAGGGAUCUUCAAUUACGGAAGCUCCAAACGUAUCAAAGGAAACUUCUAGAUCAAUACCGCCCCUAGAAUCUGUUCUGACUAUAAAUACCCAUGGGAGGGCUAUCGUAGAGAAUGAUACUUUUAUCCGAUACUCUCCGGUGUGCAUCGGGCCCAAAAAAAUACCAGGAGAUGGUUUGGUGGAUAAUGUCGCAAAGUCACCCAAACUCAACAAAAUUUCGGCUAACUUGCUAACAUCAAAACAAGACUACGAGGCCAAAGCUUCCCAAUUGAUCAACACCAUGGCCCUCAUACUCCGAGAAUGGGAAAAUUCCACCGCCCAUAUAAACACGAUGAAUAGCACACUACCCAAGACUUACUACACCUUGUACUAUGCCGAUGGAGCCUCCGAAAUUUGUGUUUCUGACAUUGAGUUUAUAGAUCAGUUAAUCCUUACAAUAUCGGAGAAUAGUGACUACUUAUGCAAGAUACAGAAGCAGCAUCAGGCGGGAUUCCAGAGAGGGGUCAAGUUGACUUUGCUCAAAGAGAAAAUCACGUUAUCAAAUCUCCUCUACAAGAUCAACAAUGAUGUUAGGUUGGAAAUUGCCAACUUCCUGACAAAUCACUCUGGGGAAUUUCCUACCCCGAAAAUGUACUCUCCGCCUUCGCAUCUAUCUUUGAUGACCAUCAACAACCAAUGGGAGUUCUUUGAGGCGAAGCAGUUAGACUUUUUAGAUAUUAUUAGGGACUCCUCUGAUAAUAUGUAUACGUUUUUGAAACUGGCCACCUGGUUCUACACGAACGACUUGAUCAGUAGCGUUAAGGAUUUCCACCAUGAGUUUUAUCGGAUUAUCCAUUCGAUGGACAUAAAGCAGAGUUACUCCAAUAUUACGGUUGUGGAGUUCUGGAAAAACCAAAAAAAAACUGUUAGAAGGUUAAUUGAGGAGUAUUUUGAGCCGUUCGAGAUAAAACUUUCCCGAAUCAAGAGGCUUAAUGAUUUGGAAGACUUGAGAUGUAAAAAAGGCAGUACAUAUAUGGACAGCAUCUACCCUUACUAUGAGGUUGAAUUCGAAGUGAAUUUAAUCAGAGACAGCAUCCUAAAAGCGCUUUUAUAUAUCGAAAAUCAAAUAGCGAUCACGAAUGAAGAGUCACCCGCAUUCAAUAAAUGGUGA